AUGGAAGAUCAAGGGAUGUUGAGUAUGGUUUCAAACAUUACAACACUGGAUGGAGUACCAGGAGAAGGUGGUUGUUCAGAUUCUAACAGCAGCAGCAAUAGUCCCCGUGGAUCGAACAAACGUCAAAGAGAAGAAACCUCUAGUUCUUCAAGAUUUAAGGGUGUUUUUAGUCUGAAUAAAGGAAAAUGGGGUGCACAAAUUUAUGUUAGAAAAUAUCGUUAUUGGCUCGGGACAUUCGAAUCAGAAUCCGAUGCGGCUAUGGCUUAUGAUUCUGCUACUGUCUAUUUUCGAAGAAGUGAAGAUUCACCUCGGAACUAUCCACCGCAAACCUCAUUGGAACCUGAUUUCCAGAACCUGUUUCAAAAAGAAGAAUUACUGAGUAUGCUCAGGGAUGGAAUAUACCAGACAAAGUUUAAUGAAUUUGUAAACUCUCGAUCGUUGAACCAACCUGAUGGUUUGAGUCUGAGCCUGUCAACCACUGCAAGUGCUAACGACGCAGCUGUAUCGUACCAAAAGUUGUUCCAGAAAGAGCUAACUCCAAGUGACGUCUCGAAGCUGAACAGGCUUGUGAUUAAUAGAAGGUUUGCUGAAAAGUACUUCCCCGAGGUUUCGAAAGAAGAAAAGCAUCCUGGCGUUAUAGAGGACAUUCAAUUGUCAUUCUUUGACAGAGAGAUGAAGCGUUGGACGUUCCGAUACUGCUAUUGGAGAUCUAGCCAGAGUUAUGUGUUCACCAGAGGUUGGAACCGAUUUGUUAAGGACAAGAAAUUGGAGGCCAAGGAUAUGGUUACGUUUUAUAAGUGUCAGAAAGAGCAGAAUGCGUACUACAUGAUUGACGUAGCGCAGAAUGGAGCUGAGAGUAAUGGUGGUACAUACGCUGCUGGAAGUAGUGUAAAUUUUGGUGAUCAGAUUACGGUUAAAGAAAGUACUGUAACUGGACCACCACAACCAGAGGGGGAGGUGAAAAAGGCUGUCAGACUUUUUGGUGUAAACAUUAGUUAA